CCAGGGUCGCCAAGGCCCCCUCCAAAAUGGCCUCGAGGGCGACAUCUAUGGCGCCGUCCAGAGCAGGCAGUCAAGAGAAGGGAGCCAAGCAGUCGCGCAAACAGUUCUUCACCAGCAAGUCGUCGUACUCGAAGUCGACCAGUUCGAAGUCAUCAGGAAAAAUGAAGAAGGGCGGCUCCGACGAAGCAGCCAGAGGGAAAGCCUCCAGGGCCGCCGCGAAGGCCAAGCCAGAUUCGAAGGCGGCUUCGAAAUCGGCUCCCAAGGCGGCUUCGAAGAAAGCGCCGGGCUCCGACUCGGGCUCUCAGGGGUCCGGCAGCGAGGAAGAGGCUCCCAAGAAGAAGCAGCCGAAGAAGAAAAAGAAAUCUAGCGACGAAGACGAGGACACCAGCGAGGAAGAGAAGCCGAAGAAGAAAAAGGCGGAUGAGGACGCCAAGGAGGAAGGCGACGAGGCUAAGGAAGGAGAGGGAGAGGAGGAAGAAGAGGAAGAGGAAGAAGAGGGCGUCUACAUGAGCACCACAGAGUUUGAGGCCUACAUAGCUCGGUGAGCACCCAACGGGAUGUGGUUUGCAAGCGAAAUGUUUGGGCUCGUUAGU